GACUUCCACUGGCGAUCCAUCUCAUGGCAUUCCAAGGCAAGAUGUGGCCGCCUUCUACUCUGCUGGCCGCAUACGAGCGUGAGGCAACACGAUUAGUCAAGAUCGGAGGAAAUGGGCGAGUGGACAAUCUUGAAGUAUCCAUCCGACUUUCGCUCGAAUCUACACUGAUGGUCGAUGAGCUCUAUAGCAUCCCACUGCUUGCAGCCCUUUGUCUCCUGCUAAAUGGAGCGAGAGUUGAAAAUCUGGCCGAAAUGAUAUCGUCGAUGGAAAAGAACGUAAUUGGGACAACCUUGGUCUUGCUCCAAACUGGGCUGGCCUUCGAAGACAGGGGAGACAAUUCGGAUUCUGUCGCCAAUUCGAGACUAUAUUCUCUCACGGCACCCCCCUGAUGGAACUUGUUUAAAAGACAUAGAGCAGUACUUUAUUGUGCUGGCGAUGCUUGCAACUGAACUUGGCAAGGAAGGCAGUCGCAAAGUCGUCCGCAUGCUCGCGACAGAGUUUGGUAACAUCAACGCAGUAUUCUUGUAUAUAUUGCAGCGCCAAAUUCUUCCACCUCGUCUUGAAGAUGUAAUCCAUGCCACCGAUCUCCUGGCAUCAUUUUCGUAUCUAACUGGGUACAGGAGCAAUAUGGCCAUGCCGCAGAACACCUGAACGAAGCGAAAGCUGCAUUCGACGACAUCGGUGAUCGGCUUGGUACUGCCCAAUGCUUGC